AUUUCCAAAUAUAUUUAGCAAAAUUUAAUGAAAUUCCACCCUAAAUGCAUUGAUUACACAAGCUCGAGCAAUGGACACAUACUCUGUUGAUGUAGUGUAUCAAGCGAUCAGUGCACUAUUCCAAGGAAACAAUCCCAAAGAACAGGAAAAGGCCAAUAAAUGGCUGCAAGACUUUCAAAAAUCGAUCUACUCCUGGACCAUUGCUGAUGAGCUGCUGCACCAGAAGCGCGAUCUUCACGCCAAUUACUUUGCAGCGCAAACCAUGCGUAACAAAAUUCAAAACUCCUUCAGUGAACUGCCGCCACACACUCACGAAUCUUUAAGGGAUUCGUUAAUUACACAUAUUGGGCAAAUUGAUGAGCGUACGGAUAAUGUGAUUGUUACACAAUUAAGUCUGGCUGUUGCCGAUCUAGCGCUUUUAAUGGCAACGUGGCAGGAACCCAUCAAUGAUCUUCUCAAGAUGCUGGCCCCCCAUCCUGCUGCGGUUUGGCCACUACUGGAAGUGUUAAAAGUUCUGCCCGAGGAAAUAGACUCACGGUACUUGCGUCUAGGCGCCAACAGAAGGGAGGAGGUUCACAAACAGUUGGAUGCCAGCGCCGAGUGUGUGCUUAAAUUUCUGUGCAUGUGCCUGCAACGCGAAGAUUUGGAUAAGCAGCGCAUUUUGAAUGCCACGCUGCGCACCUUCAGCGCAUGGUUGGUAAUUCAUGCCUUUCCCUCAACGCUCAUCUAUGAUAAUCCACUCGCACAAGAAGCAUUUCGGUUGCUCAGUCAGCCGGAUACAUCAAGCAAAUUGCAUGACAAUGCCGCCGAAUGCGUUUGUGCACUAAUCUCGUGCAUUGGCUCAAACAAUAGCGAUUACCGCAACAACGAGUCGCAUGUGGAGGCGCAAAUCUUUAGUGCGGUGUGCAUGUUGGAGCCAGCAUAUCAUAUGAGUGUGGCGCACGAGGAUACGGAUAAAACCAUUAACUAUUGCCGCAUUUUCACAUCGCUUUGCGACGCCUUCUUCUAUGACAUGCUGUCGAAUGAGAACGAGCCGCACCACUCGUUGAAGGGUCUGGAUCUAGUCUUGCUUUGUGUGGGACAUUUUGACUAUGAGGUGGCAGAGAUUACAUUUCAUCUGUGGUACAGAAUAAGCGAGGACCUGUUUCAACGGUACAAUGACAAAUUGACAGCACAUUUUAGGCCACAUAUUGAGCGAUUGAUUAGUGCCCUCUAUCGUCAUUCACAAAUGGAGAGCGAUCACGACGGGCUUAUCGAGGAGAGCAACGCUUUCUAUGACUUUCGGCGCAAGGUUUCUGAUUUAAUUAAAGAUGUUGCAUUUAUAGUUGGCUCUGGAGCGUGCUUUAAACAAAUGUUCCUCAUUCUGCAAGCGCCUGAAACGACAUGGGAAUCAACAGAAGCAGCGCUUUUUAUCAUGCAAAAUGUCGCCAAAAAUAUAUUGCCCGAUGAGAAUGAGGUCAUACCCAAGGUGGUUGAGGCAAUACUAAAUAUGUCGGAGCAGACGCACAUUGCGGUGCGCUACACUUCGAUUCUACUGAUUGGCGAGCUGUGCGACUGGAUCGAGAAUCAUCCGGAGUCGCUGCAGGCAGUGCUUAAUUUCCUUUUGUAUGCGUUGCAACAAAAGAAUGGUUUGGCACCAGCAGCGGCUAUUGCGUUGACCUCCAUUUGUGCUGCCUGCCGACAGAAAAUGGUUUGUCACAUAAGUGGUCUUGUGGAAAUCGCGCGCAGCCUGGACAGUUUUCAAAUUAACAAUGAAGUGGCCAUUGGCCUGCUGAAGGGCAUCUCCUUAAUACUGACACGCUUACCGCGGGAGCAAUUACAGCCUGCAUUACGGGAAAUCGUUGGUUUUCAACUGCAACCACUUGCUCAUCUCGUAGACAGUUUCUCGCCCACGACUCCACUGCAAAAGGGGGAUCGCACGGAUCCGGUUUAUUGGAUAGAUCGCGCCUGCGCCAUUAUACGCCACACAAACCCCGAUGUGUCCGAAAGCGUUGAGCAUCCCACAGUUGCAAUAUUGAACGAUGCCUGGCCGCUAGUCUCGCGAGUGAUGGAUACGUAUCAGAGCGAUUUGAGAAUAAUGGAGCGCACUUGUCGGCUGUUACGUUACUCGGUGCGGAUGGUGCGGAAACAGGCUAUUCUCCUAGUGGAGCCGCUGAUCAAGCAAAUGGUCGUGCUCUAUGCGCUGUACCACCACAGUUGCUUCCUUUAUGUGGGCUCGAUACUCGUCGAUGAGUUUGCCAAGUCCAAUGAGUGCAUAUCGAUUCUCUUGGAGAUGCUGCAGGCCUUCAUUGAGCCCACAUUUAGUCUGCUGCAAUUGGAUAACGGGCUGCGCAAUAAUCCGGAUACCGUAGACGAUUUCUUUCGUUUGGCUUCGCGUUAUUUAGACUGCUGUCCAUUGCAGCUGCUGCGGAGCAAUCUAAUCACGCCCAUCUUUCAAUGUGCACUCAUUGCUUGCUCUCUAGAUCAUCGAGAAGCGAACUCUUCCGUAAUGAAGUUCUUUAACAAUCUGCUUACCUGGGGACGCACCAACAAUUCACGACAUGCCGAAUGUCGACCACUAGUCGUUGAGAUAGCCAUACAGCAUGGCGAUGCCUUAGUUGUUAACCUAAUACAUGCCUCGGUCUUCUCGCUGCACUCAUAUAUGUUGGCCGAUGUGGCCGAGGUUCUUAACGAACUGAAACAAGUAAUAACCAGUGCGCAGAUGGAAAAGUUUCUAGCACAUGCACUUGAGGCGCUGCCCAAAAAGAAUAGUGGGGGCUAUGUGACGGCCACUCAAGAGCAAUUAGACGAGUUUAGUAGCACGGUGUUAAGAGCGGACACAACUAAGGCCAUUUCCCAGGCUUUGAAGACGUUUACGCGACUCUUCCGUUGAUCUCCACGAAAGGAUAUGAGAAUCGGAGAAAUAUUAGCCUCAUUACGAAUUGUACAUUUUAUCGUUUUAAUGGAAUCAAUUAAAAUUAACAAAAAUGAAUGUUUGUUAAAGACAAAUAACCUAUGUACGUAUUUUUAGUUAAAUACUAUGACAUGACUUUAAUUUGCAUUAAAUUGUAAGUGAAUUUAAGUAAUAGAAAUAAUAGUUUUUAAAAUAAAAUCUAACAAUGACACAUCAAA